CUUAAACAACUCAGUUGGAAAAAUAUAAGUAGGGAAGAAAGAUUGUCAGCUUUUAUACAUGAGGUGUCAACUGAAAUGAUGGAAAUUGAUAGCAAUUCAUCAGAAGUAAUCCUUCAGGAUCAACCCUCAACAAUUUUACAAAAAUUAUCUUGA